AUGUCGCUGGAUAUAAUAUAUUUAGUUCUAACUAUAGUUUUUACAGUCUUGAUUAUUCUUACCAAUGCUAUCUUGAUUAGCGUGGUGUUGUCUUCUGAUAAAUUACGAUAUUCCAGCAAACACUUGAUGUUGGCCAGCUUAUCUAUUGGUGACAUAAUUAUGGGGUUGUACGUAGGACCUGUUCUUAUUGACGUGUCUAUGUGGAGCAGACCAAUGAUAUGUCAUGCUCAGUUAGCAUUGGAAGUCACCUACAGCAUCGUCGUGCCUUUUGUAACAACGAUGUCAAUUGCCAUGUUGAAUCUGGACUAUAUUGUUAAUAUUGGUUCUGAAUGUUAUGGAACUGGAAAGAUCCAGUAUUGUAUGAAAUCUGUUCUACUGUUGUUACCAUGGUUACUGGGAAUCGGAGUGAUGGUUCCAUUAUUUCUGUUAGCUAUAGAAAAUUUGGGAUCCACGUGUUCGUUUUUAUUCGAUAUUAGUGAACUGCAACAUUUAUUCUUGAUAGUGACGUAUUUCCCUGCCGCCUUCCUGGUAGUUGUUACGUCACUUGCAGCUGUUUUCACCUACCGCUGUAUGUGGAGAUCAAUUCGUCUGACGGACACCCGACCUCUUUACAUCGAUAUGCAGCCACCAACUGAUGUGUGUUCUGCCAGUUUUCUAACAAUUUUACUUUAUUCACCCAUAGCCGUGAUGUUGGCUUUUGGGAAUGACAUUAUUAAAUGCCCAAACCUGGAGGAAAAUUGUGAUGCAUUUUGUUGGAUUCAAGUUGUAGCACAAAUACUAUUCAUUGCCAAGUCGUUCAUUUUACCAUUUAUUUGGAUAAAAUGUACUUAUUUGAGAAAGGCUGCCAAAAAACUUGUUGAAAAAGCGUAA